AUGACAUCAUGUUGCGGUGAACGGUCAAGCAGUCCGGCACAACCUGGGUCAUUUUAUCCAUUAGCAAUUCUUUUCGGUGAUAAACCAAGAGUAUCUAGACGUGAAUGUUAUUUUUCACGAGACACAGAAGGCGUUAAUUUGUAUUUGCGUUUAGGAGCUGUGGGUUUUGGUUUCGGAGUAAUGAUAUUCGAUGGCUUUAAAAUAGCAGAACCAUGGGAGGAAGGAGCUAAUUCAGUGGUUUCGUGUCAUGGGCAUUUAUGGAUUCCGUUACAUUUACUUCAUUUUGUCUACGUGUUUUGGCAAACAUACUUCUUAUUUAAACAUCAUCGGGUUGUAUUCAAUGUACAAAAAUUCGUUUUACGUUUUCUUUUAUGUCAUUUGGCUGUGGCUAAUUUAUGUCAAUGGUUAAAAACAAUUGUCGAUGAAAUUGGUAGUGAACCAGGACAUGAUGAAGAGUUAAUAUCUGAUUCGACUAUAGUUUUUCCAUCAGAAUAUUUUUUCGAUGCAAAAAUACCACAUAAUAAUACAAAUGUGUAUGAAUAUACAAAUGGAGAAAAGUCAUCAACUUUUAAUUUGACUAAUUUAGCAAAUAUGGUUUUAUUAAAUAGAAAAAAACAUAAUGCCAAUGCAAAGUCUCAUCAUACAAGUUAUGAUAAUUCAACUAUUCAUCCAGCUGAACAAGCGGUGUUAGGUUGUGGAAUAACAGUCAAAUAUUUGGCUCCAUAUUUGUUUCCAUGUGCAAUUGAAUAUAGCUUAAUAGCUGGUGCAAUAUUUUAUAAAAUGUUUGAAAAAGUUGGACAUGUACGUAAAGAAUCGGAACGCUUAGAAAAAUUGCGUAAAGCUAAUCCAAAAACAAGUCAAUUCUCUGAAUGUCAUCGUUCACAUAAAGGUUUAUUUGUUGGCCUAUUAUUAUUUAUGGCAACAUUAGUUGCAAUGAGUCUAUUUUUUAUAUUUAUUGUGAAACGUGAUCGACGGAAUACAGCUAUAACAUUAUAUCAAGGAACUGAACUAGUUCUAUUAUCUGUUAGUACAGUGACAUGUUUAAUUAGUUUGUUUCGUUUACAAGCAUUGAAAUUAAGUGAUCUGUCAGAAGAAGUAGCGUUUGAUGAUAAUUUAUUAUUGAUUGGUUUGGUUGGAAUGUUAUUCUAUGAUUUAUUCCUACUAGUGCCCGCUUUAGAAGCUAUACCGAAUGGUGUAAUUGCAGCCAAAUUAUAUGCGGCUAAGGCUAUCAUGGAAAUGAUUCAGUCUAUGCUACAAGUAUUUUUCAUUUUGGAAGCAUCUCGAAGAUGCGCUGGAACAUUAGAACAUGUACAAAAAAAACCAGGACGUACAAUGAUUACAUUUUUAUUAGUAUUAAAUUUAGCUAUGUGGUUUGUGAAUACAUUCGAAGUGAAACACGCAGAUAAUCAUAGUAUACAUAUAAAUUAUUAUUCAUCUAUGGCAUGGAAAAUUAUUACACAUAUAGCAUUACCUUUAAUUGUAUUUUUUCGUUUUCAUUCCACAGUUUGUUUAUCUGAUAUUUGGGCAAAUGCUUAUCGUUUUAGAACAGAGUAA